AUGAGAUUUAAAAAAAAAAAUAAAGACGACGACGACGACUACAGUGAAGUAGAUAAAAACGUUCCUAUUGGUUUUACGCAUGAAACUGGCCAUUAUCAUAACGUCAAUAGUCAUAUGGUUGCCAAAUCUCAGAGCGGAACAAAUAAUGGAACACCCAAGUGUUAUGAUAAUACAGCAAUAAUCGAACCACCGAGACUGUUCCGACGACGUUUAAACACUUAUAAUUUGGUUUUAUUUUAUGUAUUCAUUUACAAUCGAUUGCAUUCAGAAGGUUUUGUCUUGAUGUCUUGUUAG